AUGGCCCACAAGGCAUCGGAGCAGGAGAUAUGCCAGUCAGUGCUUGGUUUUGUAACGGAGGGCACCUACCCAACAUCUGAGAAUGUAAUUGCCGCGGAGUUUCCGGUAUCUGCUCUCGCAAGGGAGCUAGAUCUUAUAUCAAAGGCAAGGGAGGAAGUGGAGGCGGAGAUUACUGCACUAAGCCGGGACAAUGACUUUGACGCCGAUGGAUGGAUUUCGCAAGCAAAACAACUUCAUGCAGACAUCGAGCGAUCUCGUAUCACUGCGAGGGAGAUCGUCGCGCAGCAUGAGAAUACAAACCCUUUACAACUGAAGGUUGAAGACGCCGCUGCCAAGUUUCAUUUGGUUGAAACUGAAAUCGCAUUCAACCAAGCUGUAACGCACACACUUGAAGAGGUACAAAGACUAUGUCAGCGACUCGAUGCUGGGCGGGCCAUCCUUGGGGAGGGCCAGGUGAUGGACGCAAUCGAAACAUUAGAAGCGACCGAGGAGGCCAUAAGAAAAGACAAUCUCUUUUCAAACACCACUGUCAUGCACGUAUUAUUAGAGAAUGUCAGCGAACUGCGGAGGGAAAUUGCGGAGUACCUCCGUGCUCGCUGGAGCAAGCAGCUGAACGUUAACAGAAGGGAGAGUAUCUUGACACUCUUGAAUGACAAUGGACAUUCAUUGGAAGAAACUAUCGCGGCUCUGGCCCACCUUGAUAUGCUCGCGUUGUGCAAGGAUAAGUUCGAGAAAGACUUACUUGCUACCCUUUUCGAUCCUAUUCUACUGCCUGCAGUUGAAGGGCAAAGCCGUGGUAUCAAGAUUGGAGAGUCUUCAAUUCAGAUAGAAUCCCAACCAUCGAAGGCAUCAGUGUCUGAGGUUUUGGACCGCCUCGCCACAGCCUUGGGCUUCCUACGCCAACACCUUCCAGCAACAGUCUCGGACUCAUUUUCGGAUUCACUCAUCCCGACACUUUCAUCGAAGGUGAUAUCCUUCUGGCUGUCUUCUGCGAUACCAACAGACCUUGAAGGUCUGAGUAUGUUCGAAGACAUCUUAAAUUACGUUUUAAAGUUUACCAAUACGUUGGAGACAUUUGGGUGGCAGGGGUACGAGGAACUUGUUUCUUGGGUCAAUCAGGCCCCUCGUUUAUGGCUAACCAGGCGUCGAGUCGAUUCAUUGGACCAAGUUCGCAAAGUCCUGGCUGUUAGUCAGGGUACCACAAAGCAGGUAGAGCGUAUUGAAAAAGAGGAGGUUUCUGGUAAGGAUGAGGUUCUACUGGAUAAUACGACUGACGAUUGGGAUGCUGGCUGGGAUGACGAGAACGAACACGAGACCGCAACGAAGCAUGCUGGAAAUAAAGAAGACGAAGAGGAUGUCAGCGCAUGGGGUCUUGACGACGAUACCGAGGAGAACACAGCUGAAACGAAGCCUGAUCCAUCUGCUGAAGAUGACGCUGCCGAUGCUUGGGGUUGGGGAGACGAAGAUGAGGAAGAGCAGCCCGAUGAUGCACAGACUAAAAGUACAAAUGGGGGCAAAUCUGUCAAUGGGAAAGAGUCGGCACAUCAUUCCUCUCCCCGGGAGGUCACAUUGAAAGAGCAGUACACCGUAACCGACAUCCCUGAUUCUAUCCUCGAAAUCAUUCAGCAGCAAAUCAAAGACUCUGCAGCUAUAUCACAGCCUAUGCAUUCUCACUCCCGCGUUGUUUCCUCUGGUGCAGGCCUUCUUGCACUUCCGACCUUGAUACUCGCCAUGUUCAAGGCCACGGCAUCAUCGUUCUACGGCCUUAAACUCAACUCAGGGCAAAUGUACUUAUACAACGAUUGUUUGUAUCUUGCUGAUAAAGUGCGUAAUCUCUCAAAGGAACAUCAGCUCACCAGGCUCCAUGCCGAUAUCGAUGCGCUCGAGAAGUAUGGCAAAUUCGCCUACAGUAGAGAGAUGCAAACGCAACGCACCAUCGUCACAGACCUGCUGGACGGCGCACAAGGUUUCAGCCAAUGCUCUGAGCAACCGUUCCUGGGAGAAUGUGAAAAUGCAGUUGGUGCAACUGUGGACAGAAUCCAUGACGUCUACAGGGAAUGGCAACCGAUUCUGUCACAUUCCGCACUACUUCAGUCUGUUGGUUCUCUGGUUUCAACUGUUAUCAACAAGAUCAUCAUCGAGAUCGAAGAACUAGGUGAUAUAUCGGAGGCUCAAUCCCAACAGCUUGUGUCGUUCUGCAACCAAGUGUCUAAGCUGGAAGAUCUAUUCAUGCCAGAGACAGCGGACGAUAACGCACAUGUACCAAUGACCGCUGUCUAUGUACGAGAUUGGUUGAAAUUCCAGUACCUUAUCAACAUACUGGAAAGCUCGUUGGCCGACAUCAAGUUUCUCUGGCUAGAAGGCGAACUACGCCUAGAAUUUUCGCCUGAGGAGGUGGUUGACCUUAUCAAGGCUCUUUUCGCUGAGUCUGACUACAGGCGGAAGGCAAUUGCAGAAAUUCGACGACUAGGGCAAAGAACAGUAGUUAUACAUAGUUCUUGUAGGCUGACUGCGGGGGAUCUCCGCGCACUGCGCAAUUGGCCGCAUCGGUCGCCAUUUUCGACAACGCCGCUUCAGACUUCCCAGUUCCAUUUGUCCUUCUACGGUUCCAAAAUGAGCGAAGGCUCAAAUUCCACUUCGGCUGCGGCCUCUGCGCAGAGGCAGGUUCGUGUGCAGCUCACUAGCAAACAAGAAGACAUUGCAUUACCUGAGAAUACCGGCCCGAUUCUCGUUCCCACAGGUCUUCGAAGAUAUGCACUCUCCACGUUGGUGAACAAUCUCCUUGGCAGUGACAAGCCAAUUCCAUUCGAGUUUUUGAUCAACGGGUCUUUCCUCCGGACUUCGAUCGAUGAAUACCUGACUGCCAAUGGUAUUUCUGCGGAAACUACUCUAGAAAUCGAAUAUGUGAGAGCCUUGAUUCCACCUCUGCAUAUUGCAUCGUUUGAGCAUGAUGACUGGGUAAGCUCGGUUGAUGUGCUUUCCGCGACCUCGCCCGCCGCUUCGUUGGCCUCUGCAACAAUUGGCGCAGGCCAAGAGAAGAUCCUCUCCGGCAGCUACGAUGGCCUGCUUCGAAUGUGGAAUAUGUCAUCUCAAAUAAUUGCAACCUCGCCAUCUGCCGCUGAUGGAGGCCAUACCGCAUCUAUUAAAGCCGCCAAAUUCAUUUCCCCAAAUUCGAUUGUAUCCGCAGGUCUCGACCGAACAGUGCGUCUGUGGAAGUAUUCUGAGGAUGGCGAUGGUUUCUCGGGCAAAAUAGCACCCCAACUCGAGUUGUAUGGGCACAAGGGCCCGAUCAACUCAUUGUCUGUCCAUGCCCCUUCGAAUCGCAUCCUUUCUGCCUCGUCAGACCACAGCAUAGGUUUCUGGUCAACCAAGAAAUCGGAUGCGCCAGCCGCUCCAGAGGAUUUAUUGCCAUCUGCAGCCUUGAGGAGCUCCAAGAGGAGAAAGUUGAAUUCGUCUGUGACCAUCCCGCAACGAGGACCCUUGGCACUCUUGUCCUCUCACAGUGCGCCUGUGUCGGCUGCAAUUUUCGACUCCAAUGAUUCCACUGUCGGUUAUUCGGCUUCUUGGGACCAUUCCCUGCGUACAUGGGAUCUUGUAACCGCUACACUUGUGGAUACUCGGACAACAGCUCACUCGCUGCUUUCACUUGAGCACCUCCCUGAGCACCACCUCCUCGCCGCAGGUACCUCCGCUCGUCAUAUCACCCUGAUCGAUCCUCGGGCGUCCGCAACUACAAUUGCAGCCAUGACUCUGCGAGGCCACACAAACGCAGUUGUCUCGUUGGCUCGUGAUCCUAACAGUUCCUAUGGUCUCAUUAGUGGAAGUCAUGACGGUACAUGCCGGAUUUGGGACAUCCGGGCCACGAAGACGGACAAGGAUGGCGUGGUUGGGGAAAGUGUAUAUUCCAUCUCCCGCAAGAGCCUGGAAGAACAAGGUAAAUCUGAGGCCAAGCGUGUUGGCGGAGAGGGCGUCAAGGUUUUCGGUGUGGCCUGGGAUGGAACAGUAGGCAUUGUCAGUGCGGGUGAGGACAAGAGGAUCCAGAUCAAUCGGGGCGAAGGCGUCUUAUCUUCUGCGUAG